AGUAGCUAGUUCAUUUCAAUACCGAUUUACGAAAGAAAAAGGCUGGGAAGUUCUGAUCAAUAUGGAGGGGAAUGAUGUUCCAACAGCUAGUGAAAUGUUCCGAGCUCAGACUCAUAUCUACAAGCAUACCUUCCAUUUUGUAAAUUCCAUGGUUCUUCGUUGUGCAAUUCAGUUAGGCAUACCGGAUAUAAUUCAUAGUCAUACGCAACCAAUGACUCUGUUUGAGUUAGUUUCAGAGCUGAAACUUCCUCCUGCAAAAUCAAACGGCAUUCAUCGACUGAUGCGCCUAUUGGUAUGCUCUGGCUUUUUUGCUACUAAAAAACUUGAUGAAACCUCAGAAACACAAGAAGGGUAUGUUCUUACUGCUUCUUCUAAGCUGCUUUUGAAGAGUGAAAUCCCAAAUUUCUCACCUUUUCCCAGAGCAAUGGUUGAUCCCAUCCCAUUAUGGUGAAUCCAUGGCAAUCUUUAGGCGAUUGGUUUCUUGGAAAUGAAGCCACCUACCCCAUUUUAAACAGCAUAUGGCACACCCUUGUGCAAAUAUUGUGACCAAAAUCCAGGAUUCAACAAAGCUAUCAAUGAAGCUAUGGCUAGUGAUUCCAAAAUGAUGAGUUUGGUAGUGAAGGACUGCAAACAAGUUUUUGAAGAGAUGGAUUCCUUGGUCGAUGUUGGAGGUGGCACUGGUGUUAUUGCUAAGAAUAUUUUGGGUGCAUUUCCUCAUAUAAAAUGCACUGUUUUAGACCUUCCUCAUGUUGUUGCUAACAUGCCAGAGACAGAAAAUUUGAAAUAUGUGGGAGGUGACAUGUUUCAGUCAAUUCCUCCUGCUGAUGCCUUUUUGUUUAAGCUGGUUAUGCAUGAUUGAAGUGAUGAGGAUUGUGUGAAGAUGUUAAAGAGAAGCAGAGAAGCUAUGAGGGAUAAAAAUGAAGGAAGAAAAGGGAAGGUCAUUAUCAUUGACAUAGUGCAGAAAAGAGAUGAUGAAGAAGAAGACAUGACUGAACUGAAGCUCAUUUUUUAUGUAUUGAUAAUUGUAUAUCUUCCCGGAAGAGAGAGAACUGAGAAAGAAUGGGAAAAGAUAUUCCUUGAGGCUGGAUUCAUGAGCUACAAGAUUAGACCUGUCUUUGGCCUAAGGUCCCUUAUUGAAGUUUUUCCUUAAAUAUAUUAUGUAAGAAUUGUGAUGAACCUACAUGCAGUAUUAAAUAAAAAAUCCGGUGAUUAUUUUAGUUU